UUUGCCUGCAUAAUUUCUUUCUUUGGAGUCUGCCCUUGUUUGCCACAUAAGCGACGAAAAGAGGACGGAUAGACUUAUGCGACUCUGCUGUAUAUCAUCAAGAUUUUUUGGCUGGCGAGGCUGCAACAUUUGAUUGCAAAAAAUUAACUUAACCUGGCCUCCACAAGGAAGAUCCAAAGCACAGCGACCGUGAAUUGACACCCAUGAAUAUUUUAACUUAUAACCCAACGGCUAAAUCAAACCAAAGGACUAAAACUGGAGAGAAGCCAUCUGUAUACUAGUGUUCUAAAAAGAAAUUCUCUUCGAGAUACUGCUGUAAUAAACAUGGAAAUACCAAAUUUUAAGAAAACCGUGUUGGAGUUACAAAAUGGCGCAGGUAUACUACAUGUACAUGGACCCCCGGUACACGAAAGAACUCACACUGGAGUGAAACCAUUCAAAUGUCAGUAUUGUGAAAAGAGUUUUAUUGCAAAAAGUAAACGCACAAGACAUGAAAGGACACACACUGGAGAAAAACCUUUCAAAUGCCAGCACUGUGAAAAAAGUUUUGGUGCGAAAGACACAUGUAAACAGCACGAAGGGACCCACACUGGAGUAAAACCAUUUAAAUGUCAGUACUGUGAAAAGAGUUUUGGUACAAAAAGUAUCUGUACAAGACAUGAAUGGGAACACACUGCAGAGACACCUUUCAAAUGCCAGUAUUGUGAAAAGAGGUUUAGUGAGAUAAAUAAAUAUAUGGACCAUGAAAGGACCCACACUGGAGAAAAACCAUUCAAAUGUCAGUAUUGUAUNAAGAGUUUUAUUACAAAAAGUAAACGCACAAGACAUGAAAGGACACACACUGGAGAAAAACCUUUUAAAUGCCAGCACUGUGAAAAGAGUUUUGGCGAGAAAGGCAACUGUAUACAGCAUGAAGGGACCCACUCUAGAGAAAAACCAUUCAAAUGUCAGUAUUGUGAAAAGAGUUUUGAUACAGAAAGUCAAUGUAGGAGACAUGAAUGGGAACACACUGCAGAGAAACUAUUCAAAUGUCAGUAUUGUGAAAAGAAUUUUGAUACAGAAAGUCAAUGUACAAGACAUGAAUGGGAACACACUAUAGAGAAACUAUUCAAAUGUCAGUAUUGUGAAAAAAGUUUUAAAAACAAACCCGGAUGUGUACAACAUGAAAAGACCCACACUGGGGAAAAACCCUUCAAAUGCCAGUAUUGUGAAAAAAGGUUUAUUGAAAAAAAUAAGUGUUUAUUACAUGAAAGGAUCCACACUGGAGAAAAACCAUUCAAAUGUCAGUAUUGUGAAAAGAGGUUUAUUGAGAGACGCCACUGUAUAACACAUGAAAGGACUCACACUGGAGAAAAACCAUUCAAAUGCCAGUAUUGUGAAAGGAAGUUUAUUGGGAGACGCUACUGUAAAAUACAUGAAAGGACUCACACUGGAGAAAGACCAUUCAAAUGCCAGUAUUGUGAAAAGAGUUUUACGAAAAAAAGUACUUGCAUGUCGCAUGAAAGGACCCAUACUAUGGAAGAGCCAUUCAAAUGCCAGUAUUGUGAAAAGAGUUUUAAGGAGAAAACCAACUGUACACAGCAUGAAAGGAUCCACACUGGAGUAAAACCUUUUAAGUGCCAGUAUUGUGAAAAGAGUUUUAAUGUGAAAAGUAACUGUACACGGCACGAAAGAAGCCACACUGGAGAAAAAUCACUCAAAUGCCAAUAUUUUGAAAAGGGCUUUAGUGAGAAUGUUUCUUCUCUUCAGUCCAAGAAGGAAUUUGAAGGUGAGGAUUCAGAGACAGCGACAAGAGAACAAAGGGGUUUUUGUUUUGAAGCCACAAUCAAAAAGGAGUUGAAAGAUGAUGUUGCUCCAGGAGAAGGACCUGUUAUAUACCCUGUUGCAAUGUUUAGAAAUGUUUUUGCAGACGCUGAUGCAUAAUGUCUAGGAAGACAUAAAAUGAUGUCUGAGACAUUUGAGAUGCACUGAUCUAUCUUAUUAGUUUAGGUUCUCAUGCAUUAAGAUAUGGGUAAAAAAUUUAAUGUGAAAAAAAAGUGAUUGGUCACUUGGCUUCUUGUUGAUAGAGAAUUAACUGAAGUAUCAGAUGAGAUUUCUUUCAUUUUCAAGUCAUCUAUUUUUUAAACCUUAAAACUGAUCUAUGUCAUAGUGUAUACAUUAGAAAGUAAGGAAGGACCUUAAUGCACAUUGUUCUUUAAAUCUUGAAUGAAGGAGGUAGAAUAAGGGACAUUUUGCGAGGUUGAAAAAAAUCAUGCUUCACAGUCUUUAAGACUUUAAAGGGAAAACACUUCAUUUAUCUCAGGUUAAUGAUCCAUCAUGUCAGGGUUAGCACUAGGAUUUUUUUUUUUUUUUUUUGCUUUUUUUAGCCAAAACGCAACAAUAAAGGUAAACUUAUAAAAAACGCUGCAAAACUGUCAAAUUUCCUAACAAAUAAAGCAGAAAAUAAAAUUGAACAAAGCAGGUUAUUUUGUCCAUUUUGGUGCAAUAACAGAAAGUUGAUUACAUGAAUAUUAAGAUGAGAGUGGUCAUUAUGACAUAACUACAUUUCCGAGAGAAGGUUUAUUUAUAGAUAUCUGGUACAUGUGGUGCUGGACAUGAACCUCAGCAAUGUAUUAAUAUAUGCUUACUCAAUCAUUGUUAUGAGUAUAUGCAUCCACCUUGUAGUCAAAUCUGACAGUUUAAUAUACGAGUAUGUACUCACAUACAGUUCUAUCAUCUCAACAACCAAUCACGUGAUGGAGUAUGAAUAUGUACCACACUAAAACAUUCUUUUGAUAGAUAAAACUGAAACAGUCUUGAGUGCUUAGAAGAAACACUUACCUGGUAUAAACAGCGUAAUUGUUUCUUCUAUAAAUAUUUUAUUCUAAAUAAUCUGCCUUUACACAUGUUAUUUAUAUAAACU